AUGUGGAGGGAGGAAAUCCCAAAACCUGGAGAAGAUGUGAUGAUGAGUACAGGAAUCGAACUCGCGAGACCACAGAGAUUUGUUUCUCUACGAGAUCUGCGACUCAUACUCGUUCCAUGUCAGUUUGUUACUAGAAUCCUAGCAUCAUUCAAUCUUCAAAUCAGCGAGCUCAAGACUGGUCGUCCGCUGUCAUCGUUAACACAGCUGCCCAUACCAGGACCUGCACCGUUCCCUGCCCCACCAGUGCUACAACCACUGGUACAGAAUUUCCAAGUUCAAGCCCAACCACUACCACCCCUACAAAACCAUCCCAAGCCCACCCCAGACGUGCAAAUGAACCCAGUAUCACAGUACGUGGGUCACUCUGCUCCACAAAUGGCUGUAGUAGCUCCCCAGCCCCAUUCCAUCGUCCCCAGCGCUGCCAUCCCUCCAGGAAUACAACGACUACAACAACAACAGCAGCAGCAGCAGCAACAGCAAUUCAAGGGACAUCCCGGACCUUCUCAGAUCUCCAAACGGGUACCCCAGGCUGCACCUGAGGGAACAUCUUCUAGUGGGGCUAAACCAGAUGCUGAAAACAAGAGCCGCCCUACCAACAGCUUUGAUAGAAUCAUGCUAAGGCUGUCUACCAUGUAUCCUUAUCUCGCCAGGGCUGAACUUACUGGUUUGAUCAAAGAGGUUCGUCAGAACAAACGAGGCACUCUAACAGGACUGUCACUGGAGGAGAUCGUCAAGAGUGUCUCUGAUCUAGUCGCUGCUAAAGUCAAGGUUGGCAUAAUAGCCUUUCCUGCAGGACAACAACAGCCUCAAACAGCACAGUCUCUGCGACCCACUGCCCAACAAUCACGACCCUUCCAAACCAACCCGACCCCACCCGGGCCGGGAAUGAAUGGCACGACAAAGAAUUCUUCACCACCACCCCCUGCGGCUUCGGCACUUGAUAAUAACAAGCCAUGCGGAUAUUUUGAACUGGAUGACGACGACGACCCGUGUGUUAUAUGCCAUGAUGAUAUGAAGUCUCCUAUAGAUACUGUUACCCUAGAGUGUGGCCACAAGUAUCAUAACGCGUGUAUCAGAAAAUGGCUGCUGGGAGAGCAAAGCACAUGUCCCACGUGUAGGGUACACGCACUGUUACCGGACGAGUUCCCAAGACUCAAGUAAAUAGUCUAGAAUCCUUUACUAAAACCAUAAACAGUUAACACAAUUAGUCUAGUUAAUCCUUUUAUAGUACAGAUUUCGUGUAAAACAUGACUGAAAUGAUCUUGCGACAAUGGACACUAGAGAAAAACGUUUGCGCAUGCGUGCAUUUCAGCACGUUUUCUAAGAAUUUUGAAGAGUUUGAGUGAGAAAAUAAAUGUUUGUUUUCUCCAAGUAUACAAAAAAGUUCGAGAAUAU